CCCGACGCGGGGCCGGCGCUCGGGGCGCUGCUGGCAAGGUGCCCGCUCCUCCAGGAGCUCCGCCUCGGCAGCAACCCCGCGCUGCUCACCCCGCAGGGCCUCCGGGGGCUCCUCGACGGGCUCGGGUGCCGCGGCAUGCCGUCGCUGUCGGUCCUCCACCUGGGCGACUGCGACAGCCCGG